CGGAGCGCCGCUUCUGGGACACAAGUGAGCGGCGCCGGCGCGGCAGCAGCCCGGUGUCUGUCACAUGGCUAAAUAAGGGUGAAGAGGGCUCACUUUUUGCCGGUCAAAUACGUGACUCCGAGGCACGAGUUUUUGUUUUUUGUUUUUAAGGCAGAGAGCUGUCUCACUGUUAACGAGAAAAAAGAGGAACACGAAUCCUGGGACGAAAGUUAGCUAGCCGUGUGACUGCCGCCCGCGGGGAACUUUCGCUUCUCCGUUAGGUCUCCUCAGAUGCCUGUUCCCGAAAACGCCGCUUGUUUACGCGACAGUUGUCGUCGAGAAGGGAGCCGGUAGGAUGAACCCCUUGAAGUUUUAACGUGGCGCGUCUUCAUUGCCCGUCGCCUCAUGCCUGUGGCCAACUGCGCAACAAGUUUUUAACUGCACGGCUGUUGUCGCUGCGCCCGCUCUGAACAGCUGACUCACCGACUAAAGGCCGGGCGUAGAUCAGAGCCCCCCUUUGUGCCGCCGUUAAGAUCCUCCAUGGGUUGACCCCCCCCCCUUCACUGCCUGAAGAUGAUAGGGUCACCGGACCUGCUGGCCUUCACCGGCGCCGAAGGGUUCGGGGAAGGAGAAGAGGACCAGGGGGCUCAGGGUCUACCUGAGGAGCUCUCUGUCCCCCUUUUGCCCCCGUCCCACCCCUGGACCACCGCCGCCCAGUUUCACAGAGACUUCAUACUGGUGGCUGAAUUCUCAGAGGAGGUGGGUCCAAAGCCUGUGUUGACGAUACCGGAUGACCCCAGAGUCAUCGGUUCCUUUGACCUCAACCACUUCUCCGUCCGCAUCAUGUCUGUGGACUACCAGGCGUCCGGCCCCGUCCACACCCAUCAUGCCUCCCCCGGCCCCCGCCUCAACUUCAGCGAGGACUCCAAAGUGAUCCUGGGAGAUUCAGCAGAGGACGCCUUUGCGUACGUUCACCACAUGACCCUGUUCGACCUGGAGGCUCGGGGCAUGGUGCGGCCUUUCUGUAUGGCCUAUGUGUGCUCGGACCAGGCGAAGCUGAUGGAGAACUUCUCCGAACUGUCGUCGUGCUUCUCUCAGGCGUCUGACAGCCUCAAGACGGGAAACAGACAGGCGUUUUCUAUGGAGCUGCAGAGAAAACUGCACGAGCUCGAGUACACGCGAUUGGCUUUGCUUCAGGAGACAGAAUGUCUGACGACGGUAAAUGGGCUCACAGAAGUCGGAGAAAAAGCCGGUGACCUUGAAGCUGUAGAGCGUUCGAUCUUAAAUCACAGAGACCUCCUCCGCCAGGUCACAUCCUACCCAAACAGGAAGCUCAAACAGCCCGACUUUCUGCCCUACGACCCAGCUGACUCCCUUACUGAUCCUACUGCGCUGCUGCCUCCUGAGCCCUGUCCCUCCACCCCCCCCUCCACCUCCUGCAGGUCCGAGCACCGUCUGAAGCCGCUGCAGGAGCUUUGCAACGCCUACUUCCUCUCCUUAAUGAAGGAGCAACUGGCAGACACAGAGCAGCGCCUCCGCGGUGACAAGAGUGUCCUGCGAAAUGCUCGGGUCUCCCACUCGCUGUCCAGGAGGCUUACGCUCACCAACUUCCUGUUUGAGCUGUGGAGCCCAGAGGACGAAGAGGAGGAGGAGAGGGAGAGCGCUGAGGCAGAGCUACAGAGGGCGACGGGGAGCAAGAGCGGUGUCGAGGUGUUUCAGUCAGAACCAAUGAGCCUGGAGUCAUUCAGCUCCUGCGUGGAGGAGAUCCCGAUCAAACUGGAGGCAGGAGAAGCUGAGACACUGACCCCUGACCCCAGGGUUGCCACGGAGAUGACAGGAAGCGUGAGCAGCAGCGACAGCAUUGAGGUGCUCGGGACUGAGAAGUCAUAUCGGACGCAGCAUGUUGCCGCUGGCUCUGACAGCAGAGCAGAAACUCCAGUUAUGCCGAUGGACACCUCUGUCAGGCGAGCAGCAGUAGAAGCAGGCGUCAGACGUGUGCGAGCGUACGCCACGCGAGCCAACAGCGAGGACAGCAUCGAGGUCCUGAGCACCACCGACUCCAUCUUUCCUGACGACCUCACCGCCAUCACGGAGGAAGAAGCGGAGUACCAAGCUGUGAGCAAUGGCCUUGACAAUGAGGAGGGAACACUGACAGAGUGUAAAUCCGACAGUGUCCCUAAGGAGGAGAAAACAUUGAACGCUGCUACUUUAGAAAAUGAAAAGGAAAAUGAACUGCCUGUUGAGAGAGAUGACAGCUGUGUUGAUAAAGAAGAGGCUUUAAAGCAAACAACUGUCAGUGGCGGCGUCAUGCUCAAAGAGGAACCGGUCGUCGAGAGUUUGAAGAGGAGUCAAGGCCAUGAAGAGAACUAUCCUGAGAAGACAUCCAAACUACUGCAAGUUGAACAAGCAGUGGAGUUGAUGCCGAAGUGGUCUGAAGUCCAUCAGACGGCGUACUUGGCGCCUGACCUCCACGUGAACCUUUCCCCUCCCGUCGCGCUGGCGGAGCUCGGCCGUUGGUCUCCGCCCUGCGCUCCUCUCAGGCUGCUGAGUGUUGAAGAGGCGUCUGACUGCAUCAGCGUCACCUGCUCAUCGGACCCCCCUUCUCCCACCCAAAACAUCCACAGCUGCACGCGUUUAGAUAAGAGGAGGAGAAGGAAGGCUGGACUCAGAGCCCUCAGGUUCCUCAAACAGAACUCAUUCUCCCAGCAUGCUGUGUUUUGCCUCCUGAGCGGCCGGCCGCUGGUUGUCAUCGGCGCUGACGAACCUUUGGUCAGGAAGCUGGUGGACGCUCUGAGUCUCUUCCUGCCUGAUCCCGGUCCCGAUGGAAACGCUGUGAUGCCGUGCCUGUCCACAGCACUUCAGCUGACCGACCUGCUCACCUGGAGACUGAUAGGAAUACACAGAACAACCUCAAGCUCUUCCUCCAGCAUUAUUCACUCUCUGACACGCUAUAGUCGAUAUCUGGCCCUGCUGGACCUGGACCAGAGGACUCUGCGCUGUCCGUCGUACUCCGGCUCUCUCGUCAGCAGACUGGCUGAACCUCACACUGGCAUCAGCCGAGGCAUCACCUACCUGCUGCACCUGGAGAGCUGCCUGACUGAGCUGGCCAACCAGGCUCUGCUGUACACGUUUAAUCCUGCUUUGCAGCAUCCAAACGCUGCUGCAGGGCAGGACGGUACAGAGGGAGAGGAUUUCCUGUACACACGAGGAUUCUGCAGCAGUCAGGAUGAUUUGAGAGUGAUGAAUUUCCUGUCUGAUCUCAUCAAACAGCGCCACGCAGGACGUGGACCACCGCUUUUACGAUACUCUUACAGGUCAGUGCAGCUCCACAGAAAUACAUAUACAACAUAGAGUCCAAAAGACACUGGAUGAACAAAAGAUUCUGAUACCUUCAAACAAAAUGCAGAUUUCUCUCUGAUUUUGACUGAUGCAGAAGGUUGUACAUCUUCUGCCUCUCUAGACAUGUGAAGAUGAAGGAAUCACACUCGUAACGUUUUUAUCUGCAGUGAUUACGUUAGUGUGUAUGCAUGAUUCCUGCUCCAUCAUGCUUUCGGUCCUGCAUCUCCGGAUUACUGUACAUUAGUGCACUAGUGCCUCUCUGGCACCAAAUAACUUUCACCUGCUGGCAGCCUGCAGCUGAAGUAUUGAAGGUGUUUUUUUUUUUUUUUAAAUGUAGGCUUAUCACUGCAUCACAUGUGAACUCUUUGUAAUUUUAGAUAACUGAGCCACCUAUGUACAUUGUGAAAUUUAAAUGAAAAAAAACAAACCCUUUUGUAGAUCUGAGUGCUGUGAAGGCAGCUUGGUACUGAGGUUUGUAGAUGUUGGAUUUCAGUGCUUCAGUACUUCUGGACUUUUAUAAAACCUUGUUGCUUUGUCAUCUACCAUUGAACCAGCUUAGCUGCAGUUUAGAAUGGGUUCAUUUAAAUUUGUUCUUUCAGGGUGUAUCGUCAUUUGCUCUGUUAAAACGAGCACUGGUUCAACUGAACUGAGGCUAAAUCUGGAUGUAUGAAAAUAGACAUCCAAUUCCAGUGCAUGCCAGAUGGUAAAGAACGUCUACGGUCUACUGUUUUUUGUUUGUUUUU